AUUCAUUAAAUAUCAAAGGAGUGAGAGAGAUAGCAGGAGUUGAAAAUGAGUUGAGAGGAGGGAGAGAAGAGAAAAGAAAGAUGGGAAUAUCAGCGUCAAAGCGAGUUAACAACAGUUUUCAGAACUCAGACCGAUUCAACUCAGCAUGUGACUCAGCGUUCUCUCAAUGUCUUUCUCUAACUCAACACGCUUUCGAAGGAGUUUUACCUUACCAACUCAAAACCGCUUCCGAUCAAAUCCACACCAUCAUCUCCGACCAUCCACUCAUCCACAAAUGGGUCCCACAACCUCCUGAUCGGACUCAAGUUGAUUCCGCCCUCCGUCAUAUCCUUCCGUCCGAUCACGGCAGCGAUAACGUCCUCCGACUUCCGAUGUUCAAGGAUUGGGCUCGUUAUCUUUACACUGACGCUGUUUUGUCUUCAGCUACUAAAGCGUUGAUUGUACGAGUUCCUGUUGGUGUCGCCGGAAUCGUUGGAAUCGGUGCCGUUGCUCACUCCGGUCCGGCACUGGUUGGGACUUUCGUUGGAGCUUAUUCUCUUGGUGUUGCUCUCUCUAUUUUUCUUGGUUUAUCCUCGUAAAUUAUUUAUUUUUUAUUUAUGUUUGAUAAUCUCAUAAAUAAUUUAUAAUUUGCAAUGCUUUAUUUUUUCCUCUAAGUUAAUUGUUCUGUUAAUAAGGAAAAUGUAAAUGUAAAAUAAAUGUUCUUUGUUCCUUGAGCUUAA